AUGGGCUGUCAGGCCGCGGUGCUGUCGUUGCCUUCACAUGGGAAGACCUACCCAGUGACGGACCGCCGCUGCGUGGUGGUCAUCGGCGGGGAGCGCUGCGAUGAGACGCCGGACUUCUCGCAGAUCAGGCAGCUGGCCGCGGUGCCGGUCUACGACACGGAGAACUCGCAAUGGCGGGAGGAUCCGGUGGUACCGCCCUUGCCUUGUGCCCGCACGGCGGUGGCCGUGUGUGUGGGCAUGGGACGUGGCGAGCUGCCACUUGAACCUGCCUGCCGCAAGUCGCUCUCCGAGCGCUUGGUGGAGGGUGUGCCGCACAUGGAGGAGGACGAGAACGGGACCUGGAAACUCCUGGUGAAUGAGACUCAAAUCCACGUCCAGGUGCCCUGUGACGAAAAUGCCUGGGCACUGCCAAUGAUGUGA